AUGGCAACAGUUGAUAUUAAUGGUGGUGGUGGUUCGCAGAUGGGGGUGAUUGAGGUUUCCUUCGAAUUUUGUAGGCAGCUGAACAUCAAGGCUUGGAAGAACUGCAGCAACAUAGGCAUGACUCAGGUCGUGGCCGAUUCGUGGUCGAACAAUCAGGCGGCUGAUGGUGUGACGGCAGCGACUAAACGAAUAGGAACAACCUCCUCUCCGAUUGCUUCUCCGCCUGCUCCCUCAACCUCAGAUGCUCCUGUUUCGUCUCCCUCCGGUACCGCCGUGCCUCCGUCAUUCUCUUUAGCUUCGAGAGAAUCUCCGUCAUCGAUUCCCAAUGGCGCCGCUUUGAAUAGAGUGACGGUCGGUGGACCUGUGGCUGGUCUCUUCUUCGUGUCGGCGUUUUUGCUUUAA